CCGGCGUGUUUAGUUGGUCAGUAGUAGUUGGUAGUAUUCGUACUCCGCGUGUUCCUGACGCCGGCGCCGACGCAAGGGAAGCUACGGACUACCGGAGGUACCGGAAGCCUGUCGAGUGCGAGGGAGAAAGAAACUCGAGAGCUGUGGGCAGCUGUGGGUGAGCCGCCCCACGAAGGAGUAGGCGCGUCGAGGCGAAAAGAUGCUGAGGGGCUAUUCCCCGGUUACCCAGGCCCUUUUGGGCACGUUGUUCACCUGGGGACUGACAGCCGCCGGCGCCGCGCUCGUCGUCGUCUUACGAGGAACCCAGCGUAAGCUGCUCGACGCCAGUCUGGGAUUUGCCGCGGGAGUGAUGAUGGCUGCAAGUUACUGGUCCCUUUUGGCGCCGGCUAUUGAAAUGGCAGUUAAGAGCGAAGUAUACGGAAGCAAGGGAGAAUACGCUUUCGUGCCCGUCUCCGCCGGGUUCACGAUCGGUGCAGCGUUCGUUUAUGGGACGGAUGUAUUGAUAUCUUCCCUUGGCAUUCGGUCUCCCAAUGUACUUUUAGCUAUGCAGUCAGUCGGUACGAAACAAAGAUGCAAGAUUGCAAAAUUAAAAAGUGACGAGGACUUAGACAAUAAUCCGAUUAGCAGUGUGCGAUUUGCUGGUGGCAAAGAGUGCCCUCGUGUCGAGUCGACUACUAUCGAUGGAUUCUACGAGCAAAAUGCAAGGAGGAGACAGGCCGGUGUUCCACCUCGGCCCUUGGAGACCGGGGACGCGGGCACGGUCUACGAAAACCCGACUGACGAAGUCAAGAACAGUCAGUGGAGGAGGAUACUGUUGCUGGUUGUAGCGAUAACGGUGCACAACAUUCCAGAGGGUCUCGCGGUCGGCGUUGGUUUUGCAGCAGUCGAUGGCAGCUCAACGGCUACCUUUGAGAAUGCAAGGAACCUGGCCAUCGGAAUCGGCAUCCAGAACUUCCCGGAGGGCCUGGCGGUGGCGCUACCCCUGCAGGCGGCGGGCUUCAGCACCUGGAGGAGCUUUUGGUACGGCCAGCUCUCGGGAAUGGUCGAGCCCGUGGCGGGGGUCCUGGGGGCCGCGGGCGUCACCCUGGCGGCGCCGCUCCUCCCCUACGCCCUGUCCUUCGCGGCCGGCGCCAUGAUCUACGUCGUCGUCGACGACAUCGUGCCCGAGGCCCAGGAGAGCGGGAACGGGAAGCUCGCCAGCUGGGCGGCGAUGGUCGGAUUCCUGGUGAUGAUGUCCCUGGACGUUGGGCUGGGUUAGGGACUGGCCCGCGACCCCACGACGCGGCCGGGAAGAAGAAGGAGGAGGAAGAGGAGAGAGCGGAGGUCGAGUCCUUAUCGAGGACGCGCCUUCCGGUAAGCGUGAGUAUCGUCCCGAUCGCGUCGGGGACGACCGGCGACGACCGGCGACGACCGGCGACGACCGGCGACCCUUUCGGUCCUCCCGUUGGGCUUUACCGUCGUCCAGGACUCGAAGGGUCGAUGCUCGGGGAGGGAUUUAUCGAGAUCCGGGGUUUUGGUCGGCCCGAGCGCGCGUUCGACGAGGAUGCGAUAGAAACCGUUCCUAGAAAAUGGCCUGGACUCGCGAGAGGCGGAGCCAAGGUUUUCGUAUAUUCCCUUGUAGAAAAAAGAAAAGAUUUCGAUCUCGGUUCGGUGCUCCGCAAUAAAGACUGGCCGGUCGGGAGGAUACCAAAGAUUUUGUCAAAGCGAUUCGGUGCAAGAAUCUCCCGACUAGCUUUAUCGAUCUUCGCGUCGCGUGACCCUCGCGGAGACCGAACCACUUUGCUUUUAAGCACCGUAUCUCACCUCGAUAGGGAAGACUUAAGGAAAUUAGGAAAUGGGACUUAAUACCGGCUAACCGCUAGGGAAAACGUACUUAGAAUUAACGUUUUUCCGAACCGUUAAACGAAAUUCGUCGUCCAUUCCGUAUCCUUGUAUUUCUAUAUUUGUACGUCGUAGAGCCAAAGAAAGUACUUUUCGGCUAUAGGCACUUCCUACCUAGGCGAACCGGUGGAAAGAAAAAUAUUAAUAACGCGUCCAUCCGUCCUCUUGCCGUACUCUCCACCCCACCGACUGCUAGACUUUAAGGUAAAGGACGGUCGAUUCGAUAUUUGAUCGAGACCCCGAUGCGUCGCUUGCGUCCAUCGAGGGUAUGUAGAGUAAUUACCCGACACUUGCCACGCGGCCGACGCGGCCGACGCGGCCGACUCGUCGGGGCGCCGGGGCGCCGCCGGUUUCCCCCUAGACUUUUCGACUUCCUGCCGAGAUCCGAUCUACGAACGCGGCCAUGCCGAGGGGAGGGUCGCCUCUUUUCUCUCCUCCUUUCCUUUUCCCCCUUUUACGCUAUCGAUGCCCUCUUUCCCACCUGCUCUCCUCGACGAUGCGCUUUCACCCGUCGUAGGGCCCGAAUCGAUACCAAACGUUACACAGAGACCGUAUUUUCGUAAAUAUUCCAAAGAACCGAAAAUCGAUAGGUAACGAACCGUUCGCUUUUGGACGCACUCGGGUGAACGGCGAAUUAACGAAUGACAAAUUUUUCCCCUUCGUUUCUUUCCCAGCGAGUCCGUAAUUGAUGCAAAUCGUAGGAAAAUUAUUUGAUUAGGGCGUUCGGUUCGGAACGCGUUAGCGGAGGAAAAAAAAUGCUGCGCGAUCGUCCGUUUCUUCGACAUCCAAAACUUGGUAAAUUUCUUUUAUUCGAUUUUCUUGUCAAGGGAAAAAAAAGGGAAAAAAAUUCGGAGGGUCCGAAUAUUUGCAAACGACAAAGUGCAAAAGGUAAUCGGAAGGGGAAAGAAAAGGGACGGAAAGGAUGGCGCAACGUUUUUGCCUCGUCGACGGUGACUGGAAUAAUCGGUGGAACGAAUCGGUGGAACGAAUCGGUGUCACCGAGAGGAGAUAGUUUCGAGGUUUACAUUAAGCCCGUGUACGCGCUCGGGGCGAUCGUUAAACGGCGUUUAGGCGAGCCGACUAACGUAACGCCGCCUCGAUGGCUGCAACGUGGCGUCGGUUUAAUACCGUUUUACGGUGCCGGACAAAAGUAUCGCUACUUCCGGCUCGGCCUUUUCCGCGAACCGCUUCGUCGACAGUUAUCGGCCCUUCGUUUCCGAAAAUCGUCCAAGAACGAAGGAAACGGAACGCGUCUCCCGUUUACUCGGCGAGGUCCCGAUCGAGCGGAUUCGCGGCAGCUCCUCGAUCAGUUUUUCCUCUUUUCUCCCCGAGCCGGAAAUCGCGCGAUAACCGUCGACGACGCGACCUCCGUACUCGGAGGAGUACCGAGUAUUUGCCUUAGGAUCGAGAGAUCGAUCGGGUGUUUAACGUAGGACGAACGGGAGAGCGGAGCCGCAUCGAUCGACUGUUCCAGGUGAGAAAUAAAGGCGCGUUGCGCAGA